AUGUUAGAUGCGGAAACAUUUACUUUACUUACGAGAAAAGGAGUAUUUCCUUAUGACUAUAUAGACUGUGAGGAGAAAUUAAACGAAACAGAACUGCCCGGCAUUGAUAAGUUUUAUAAUAAAUUAAACGAUAGUAACAUAUCCAAUGACGAUUAUGAACAUGCUAAGAGGGUCUGGGCUAAAUUUAAUAUAUCAACUUUAGGACAAUAUUCUGAUUUAUAUAUGAAAACGGACAUUUUACUUUUGGCAGAUGUCUUUGAAAAUUUUAGACAAAAAUGUUUGAAUAUUUAUCAACUGGACCCAGCUAAUUACUAUACACUCCCCGGAUAUACGUGGGACUGUAUGUUAAAAUAUACUAAAAUCGAGCUGGAUUACUUAAAAGACGUGGAUAUGUUGCUGUUUAUGGAUCGCGGCAUCAGAGGCGGCGUUAGUCAAUGCUGUAACCGCUAUGCUGAAGCAAACAACAAGUUUAUGUCUUCUUAUGACUACUCAAAACCAUCAAAGUAUUUAAUGUAUUUUGAUGUAAAUAACCUUUACGGUUGGGCUAUGAGCCAAUACCUUCCAUAUGGUGGGUUCGAGUGGGUAGAUCCCAACAUCGACGUAACGAUGGUAUCUGACACGUCGUCUGAAGGAUACAUCCUCGAAGUUGACUUGGAAUAUCCUGAACAUCUACACGAUGAGCAUAAAGAUUUACCUCUAUGCCCCGAACACCUCACACCUCCAAAUUCAAAAUUACCGAAACUUAUGACAACCUUGUAUCCAAAAUCACGCUAUAUAAUUCAUUAUCGUAAUUUAAAGCAGGCUUUAUCUCUUGGGGUUAAGCUCAUCAAAAUUCAUCGCGUAUUGAAAUUUAAGCAAGCCGACUGGUUGAAGGCCUACAUCGAGUUAAACACCAAACUCCGCGCCCAGUCUACCAACGAGUUUGAAAAAAAUUUAUAUAAACUAUUAAUAAACGCUAUUUUCGGUAAGACGAUGGAGAACAUAAGAAAGCAUCGCAUUAUCAAGUUAAAGAAUCAUUGGGAUGGGCACUGGGGUGCAAAACAUUUUAUAGCUAGCCCAAAUUUCCAUAGUAGCAAAAUUUUUGGUGAAGACCUAGUAGCAAUUGAAUUAAACAAAUCGGAAAUUUGCUUCAACAAGCCCCUAUAUGUUGGCAUGUGUAUUUUGGACAUUUCAAAAACUUGUGUGUACGACUUCCACUACAAUUUCAUGUUAUCAAAAUUAGGUGAUGACUGCAAAUUGCUUUAUACAGACACCGACAGUCUCAUAUAUCAAGUAACCUGCGAUAAUGUUUACGAUUUUUUAAUUCAAAAUUUAGACAAAUUUGAUACUUCAGAUUAUGAGCCUAAUAAUAAAUAUAAUAUACCUUAA